UGUAAUAUUACUUGGCGUCCUUUUUUCGUAAGAAAAAUAUACCGAGAGGAGGCCUUUUGCAUGUGAGGUCUUUUAUUAGACAUGCUGUGAACUCUGACUGCACUAUAACUAAAGUAUUCUAUUUUUGCGAGUGUGGUGUCGCUGCUUCUUGUGCUUGUUACCAGACUUGGGGCCACCACUUGACACAUCCCUGAGAAGCCCUGAGCUCGACUCUUAGCCCACUCCGCUCCUUGCGGUUAAGAAACGCUCAGUGACAGCCGCAGAGUAAAACCACAUAAUCCCAUUCCCCUUUCGAUUUCCUUUCACGAUCACAGUCAGCGUUAAUUUCAUUUAAAUCAUUCAAAUUUUUUAAAUUUCCGGUACAACAAAGCUAAAAUUUUGGAAUUUUAGAAAUAGUCCCAUCUGGCGGAAUAUGCAAAAAUGUCUAUGAUAGAACCAAGUGAGGAGUUAUUGGACCGCCAUUUUCAGCAGCAGGUGGCCACUUACAAGGAUGUCGAUCAGUCAAGGGCCGCUCAGUCGGAUCGCCUGAUCAUGGCCAGGUGGAUGGAGGUAUUUGAGAAAACAACGUCCAAUGAGAAGUUGGCACGAAAUAGUCUUAUGCUUUUAAUGCAUGGCCACUUAAAUGAGUUUGGUUUUCUCAAAGAACCUUUCACGGAUGAGGGAAAUUGCAGCAGAAAUCUAAACGAGGUUUUAAAUGAGUACCGGGGCAAACCAUGCAUGAAGAUAUCUUCUUUGAUGAAAACGAAGAAAAAGAAAUCCACUACAAGUGUUGCUGAAACUCAGCCAAUAGAGAAACAAGGAUUGGUGUCAGGCCGAUCCGUAUCCCGGGUGGCAUCACUUAAAACUGUUCUUCGCCCUAAGAAACUGGAUCCCAUCGAAGAGGUUUCUGAAACCUUGGAAAAGAGUUAUAUCCCCGUUCUUUCGCAGUCCAGUUCUGAUGCGAAUUGCUCCGAAUGCGCUAUUGAGGCUGGAAAACGAAGUGUGAGGCAGAGAAUCCAAUCCUUAGAGGAGAAGCUCUCGAAAAACGAGCAACAUCCCUUCAGUAAAUGUUCAAUGAAAGCUAUCAGAAAUGUAUAUUCAUCUCGUUGUGGAGAUUCUGUUCUGAAUCGUGAUCAAGUUAACGGAGAGACAGAGAGAACUGGAUCCUCUAGUUCCACAACUGAUGAGAAGCUUAAAAAGCUAGCUAGUGUCAUAGAGCAGGUCACCCGUAGAUCAAGUGCUGUGAAAAGUCUGAAAAACUGCUUCGAGGAAAUGUCUGAACGUUUGAGGCACACCUCAGACUCUGAAUAUGUCACUACUGAACCAGAGCCAGAGAAUCCAUCAUCUGUGCCCCGGAGGAGCUUGGAGCCAAUUCUGGUGACCAGACUAACUGGAGGUCAAACGAAUCCCCCAAAUGUGCUUAGGGAUAAAACGAUUGAACAAUUGUUAACUCGCAGAGAGAACUUGCGGGUCGAGUGCUUGAAGUACUACAACUUGGAUGGAACAAUGAAGGACGUAAAAGAUAUGCCUUUUCCCUUGAUGAAUAGCAAGGGCACUGAGAUUCGUUUUAAGGGUUUUUUAAUUGGUGCCUAUCGAGCCUUAGAGCGAUUGAAACGCUGGCAUGGAAGACCCAAUAAGCUUAAAUUUUUUAAGACUUUUUGCCGGGGAUUUGGAUUGAAUGAUUUUGGGAGAUUGCAGGCUUUGGAUCGAAGAUUUGAGUUGGCGGCUCUUAAAUGGCAUCGUCAUAAAGUUCUUGUAUGCCAACGAAAUACGUGGCAUCGCUACCGUCGCAGUAUUUUGGUAGACCAGCCACCAUUCGCCAUGAAGGAUCUGAUCCGAGUUCGCCAUCAAUUGGAAAUGGAGGAGGAGCUUCAGCAGGAGAGAAUGGUUCACCUGGCCAAGAUCAAAGAACUUUGUAAGACCAACUGCUGUGGAGUCCUUAGACCAGAUAUCCACCAGAAGAUGUUAAAUAACCUAGACGAUGAAAUCGGUCAGUUAUUGGUAGAACUCAAGUCACUGAUCCGUAAGAAGGAGAUACUUUUCCACUGAAGAUAUCCCCGUACUUUCCGCGAACCUCAUUUUAUACUUAAUUUUUCACUUGAAACAGCCAUGGUGCUCAUUAAUUAAUUUAAAUACUAAUGCUUUAUUAAAUUUAAAUCCUGUGAAAGGGAAACAAAGUAAAGGGG